GCAGGUUACAUCCAAGCCUGCAGAGGACUGAUGAUCUCUGCUGUCUGCCUGGGCUUCUUCGGUGCUGUUUUUGGACUGGUUGGGAUGAAGUGUACAAAAGUCGGAGGCUCCGAUCAGACUAAAGCAAAAAUAGCUUGUUUAGCUGGACUGAUUUUCAUACUCUCUGGGUUGUGCUCUAUGACUAGUUGUUCCCUGUAUGCAAACAGGAUUACGUCUGAGUUCUUUGAUCCUUCUUUUGUUGCACAAAAGUAUGAAUUAGGAGCAGCUUUGUUCAUUGGAUGGGCUGGAGCUUCACUCUGCAUAAUUGGUGGCAGUAUAUUCUGCUUCUCAAUAACUGAAAACAGUAAUUCUCCAAGGAGGGGGUAUGCAUAUAAUGGAGCCACAUCUGUGAUGUCUUCUCGUACGAAGGUCCACAACAGUGUCCCAGACAAAUCCCCCCCAAAGCACUUUGACAAGAACGCUUACGUUUAGUUGCACUGUUGGACGACUCAAAGCGUUUCAAGAAUGAGUUUGUAUGUUUCAUUCAGAGUGAUUCCCCCACCCCGACCCAAUGUACUUACCACUAAGACAAUGACUUUUACAAAUAUUAACUUGCAGCUUUUUACAUAUUGAUGUAAAUUUUAUUAUAUAAUAUUUUAAGAUUGAUGUUGGUAUUGUAAAGUUUAUACCUGGAAAUCAUGAGCUGAUGUUGCGUUCUUGAAAAAAAAAUAAAUGAGGUAUUUGCUAAUUC